AAAAAAAAAAAUCUCUGAAACUUCACUUCUGUGAGUUAUGAACAAUCGCUUUGCCAUCUGAAGGAGAAUUGAAACUUGCGAGGUUGCGAAGAAACCAAAACUUCGUUUGGUGAAAACGCAUUUGUGUGACCCCACCUUCACCUUCACCUUCACCUUCGAGUGCUUUCGUUACUUUUUGGGAGGUGCGGUUACAGUCUAUGAAGCGUGAAUCUUAACAUAUGAAUAUAAAUUGAUGGGUUGUGUAAAAACCUUCUGUUUCAUCUAGUCUGCACCUACCCUUUUCCAUAUAUUGCAUAAAAACGUUUCCUUUACGCCUUGGUUGCUUCAAGUAUUAAUUUUUUGGGGAGUGUUGCUGUAACUACGAAGAGGGUAGCUAGAAAAAAUGGCAGUUUCGCAAGGGAUGGAUCGGGAAAAGAAUGAAGUCAUCCGUUUAGAGCGUGAAGCUGUCAUUCCAAUUCUGAAGCCCAGGCUCACAAUGACAUUGGCCAACCUUAUUGAACAUAGUUCCGACCGAGCUGAGUUUUUGAAGCUCUGCAAGAGAGUAGAGUACACAAUCCGAGCUUGGUACCUUCUACAAUUUGAGGACUUGAUGCAACUCUACUCCCUCUUUGACCCUGUGCAUGGGGCACAGAAGUUGGAACAGCAGAAGCUAGCUCAUGAAGAAAUUGAUGUACUUGAACAGAAUUUCUUGACAUACCUAUUUCAGGUCAUGGAAAAGAGCAACUUCAAGAUAGUGACUGAAGAUGAAAUUGAUGUUGCACAUUCAGGCCAGUAUCUUCUAAAUCUUCCCAUUACUGUUGAUGAAUCUAAGCUUGACAAGACACUUUUAAAGAAAUAUUUUCAAGAGCAUCAUCAUGAUAACCUUCCAGAUUUCUCUGAUAAGUAUGUUAUCUUUCGGCGUGGCAUUGGACUUGAUCGAACAACUGACUACUUUAUCAUGGAGAAGGUGGACAUGCUCAUUGGACGUUUUUGGGCAUAUCUGUUAAGAUUAACUAGGUUGGAAAAGCUUUUGUCCAGAAGGUCAAAAAGGCGUAAUAAAAAAGAUGCAAAGCAGGACAGUGAAAUUAACUCUGAAGCAGAUGGGGAUGACCUAUAUGUUGAACGGAUACGUCUUGAAAAUAUGCCACUAAGUGUCCGGAAUUUGCUGGGCAAGACCAUGAUCCAAGAACCGACAUUUGAUAGGAUAAUUGUUGUCUACAGGAGCGCCAGUACCAAAUCGAAAGCAGAACGAGGAAUAUAUGUGAAGCAUUUCAAAAAUAUUCCAAUGGCUGAUAUGGAAAUAGUUCUUCCAGAGAAGAAAAAUCCUGGAUUAACUCCAAUGGAUUGGGUCAAGUUUCUUGGAUCAGCUAUAGUUGGGCUGGUUGCUGUAGUUAGUUCACUUGAAAUGCCAACAGCUGAUUGGUGGGUCAUCAUUGCUGUUCUCUCCACAGUAAUUGGUUAUUGUGCUAAGACAUACUUCACGUUCCAACAAAAUAUGGCUCAAUACCAAAAUUUGAUUACACAGUCAAUGUAUGACAAACAACUGGACAGCGGAAAGGGUACACUUCUCCAUCUGUGUGACGAUGUCAUUCAACAGGAAGUCAAAGAGGUAAUAGUUUCAUUCUUUAUUCUGAUGGAACAGGGCAAAGCUACAAGACAGGAUCUUGAUCAAUGGUGUGAGGAACUAAUUAAAGAGGAGUUUGGGGAGGAAUGUAAUUUUGAUGUGGAUGAUGCAGUUGGGAAAUUGGAGAAAUUGGGAAUUGUUACUCGGGAUUCUAUUGGUCGGUAUCAAUGUGUUGGGCUGAAACGGGCUAACGAGAUCAUUGGCACCACCACUGAAGAGCUUGUCCUUAAGGCAAGACAGGGAAACAUUACUCCUUGAUGGUGUUUACAAUUGGUGCUUCUCAGUCUCAUGUACAUGUUAAACAAUCCUAGAAGUUAGUUAAUUUCUGCUUUCUGUUUAUCCUCUUCUAUAUUUUUCAUGUAAGUCUAUGUCAAUGUGUGUUGAAAUUAUAGAGAUUUAGGUAGGGAAGGAAUAUAAGAGAUAAUAAAGACCGAAUAACAUGAAAUUGGUAUUGAUUUUAUGUGUUAUGAUGUGAUAU